CAUCUCCCUCUCGCUACAUUCACUCAGCGCACAGACAGUAGUUUGCAGCAGCCAAGCGAGAGGCAGCAGCAGCCGGGGGGACUCAGCGCUACUACUAGAAGAGAAAGGCUUAUUAUCCAGCAAGGGAAAGGAACGACCACACUAAAGCAGCAAUGGAUUUGAGACUACUUCAUUGAAACAAAAUUGGACGCGGGCAUAGGAAGAAAGCGAUUCUUUUCUCUCUCCUAGUUAAAUGCCGGGGGCCACUUGUUCUGGUCGGGCAUGAUCGGGUGCUGAUUGUAUGACUUGUGUUCCCUGUUGUCGGAUCUCUCAGCUGCUGCCCCUCGGCAUCCCACCUGCUCAGCAGCAUCAGUCGCACAGACAUCCAGCAAGGUGGGACAUGGCAGAUGCACAAUUGCAGAUGAAAGGUGGGCUCUGUGCAUUGCGUACAUGAAUGAAUGCUGCUCACACUAAUCCCUGGCUACAUUUAUCAUUUUAAAAUACCUUUUUUUUUUUUUAAUUAUUUUAAUUUUAAUUUUUUUUGCCUGGAUUUCAGUGGAUCGACCCGUGAAGGGGCUGGUGUGAUACCAGGUAUAGGCAGAAGAAUGGAAUGACUACAAGCCAUGAGGACGCGUUUAAAGUGCUCAACCGGUGCGCGCUGAUCGCUGCUGCAGUUUACUCAGAAGCUGCGACUGCAGAGCAGGUGUUUUCCCCGGCCGGGAACUGACUGUGUGCUUUUUGCCCAAGGUAAAGCUGCAGCAGCAUCCCUGUGCAUGAACUGCUCAACUUCAGCUCUGCAUCUCCCCAUCUAUUUCAGUGAGUGCUUGUAUGAUUCUUGUGGAUUCUCCUCCAUCUGUAGUCCUGCGAGCGAUCCCUUGCCCUUUGGACUAUGUGGUUGUGGCUGAGCAGGGAGAUGGAUUUGUUGCACAUUCUGCUUUUGCUGCUAAUGUCCUGGACUCGAUCUCGAGCCCUGAUCAGCUUGAAAUACACGGUGGAGGAGGAGCAGAGAGCUGGCACUGUAAUUGCCAAUGUGGCUAAGGACGCUAAAGAUGCUGGCUUUGUGCUGGACCCCAGGCAGCCUGCCUUCAGAGUGGUCUCUAACUCAGCUCCCCAUCUGGUGGACAUCAAUGCAUCAGGCUUGCUAGUGACCAAGCAGAAGAUAGACAGAGACAUACUGUGCAGGCAGAUCCCCAAGUGUGUCAUCUCACUGGAGGUCAUGUCCAACUCCAUGGAGAUUUGUGUCAUCAAAGUCGAGAUCAAGGAUCUCAAUGAUAAUGCCCCUAGUUUUCCUACCGACCAGAUUGACUUGGAGAUUUCGGAAACAGCCAGCCCUGGAACCAGAAUUCCUCUAGAGAGUGCCUAUGAUCCAGACUCCGGUAAUUAUGGGGUGCAGACCUAUGAAAUUACCCCCAAUGAUUUGUUUGGCUUAGAAAUAAAGACAAGGGGCGAUGGGUCUAGAUUUGCUGAACUGGUAGUGGAGAAAGCCUUGGACAGGGAGACCCAGUCUCACUACAACUACAUUAUCACAGCCUUGGAUGGAGGGGAUCCCUCCAAUUUCGGAACUGUGGAACUAAAUAUCAAAGUCAUAGAUUCUAAUGACAACAACCCGUUGUUCGAGGAGGCCGCUUACACCGUCAACGUUCCUGAAAACUCUGCCCUUAACACCAUGGUUAUUGAUCUCAAUGCCACAGAUCCCGAUGAAGGCACCAAUGGAGAGAUAGUCUACUCUUUUAAUAGCUACGUGUCGGACAAAACCAGGGAGCUCUUCAAAAUAGACCCCAAGACUGGCGUGAUUACUGUCAGUGGAGCUAUAGAUUAUGAGGAAGGCCAUGUGUAUGAAAUCGAUGUUCAAGCCAAGGAUCUGGGACCCAACUCCAUCCCUGCCCACUGUAAAGUGACUGUGAAUGUCCUGGAUGUGAAUGACAAUGUGCCAGUCAUUAACUUGCUUUCAGUCAACAGUGAAGUGGUAGAAGUGAGUGAGAAUGCACCCCCUGGGUAUGUUAUAGCUCUCGUUAGGGUCUCAGACAAGGAUUCCGGCAUAAAUGGAAGGGUCCUGUGCAAACUGCUGGGCAGUGUGCCUUUCAGGUUGCAGGAAUAUGAGAGCUUCUCCACCAUUUUAGUCGAUGGCAGGCUAGACAGAGAACAGAGGGAUCAGUACAAUCUCACUAUCCAGGCCAAAGACAGUGGCAACCCCUCCUUGCAGUCUACAAAGUCAUUCACAGUGAGAAUUACAGAUGAGAAUGACAACCACCCUCACUUCUCCAAAACAUUCUAUCAGGUGAUUGUCUCAGAAAACAACACCCCCGGGGCUUACCUGUUGUCUGUUUCAGCCAGAGACCCCGACCUGGGCAUAAAUGGAAGUGUGUCCUACCAACUUGUUCCAUCCCAAGUGAGGGAUAUGCCAGUGUUCACCUAUGUGUCCAUCAACCCAACCUCGGGAGACAUUUAUGCCCUGAGAUCAUUCAAUCACGAGCAAACAAAAGCCUUUGAGUUUAAAAUUCUAGCGAAAGAUGGAGGUAACCCAUCACUCCAGAGCAACGUGACUGUCAGGGUCAUAGUGGUGGAUGUAAAUGAUAAUACUCCAGUGAUAACUGCUCCACCUCUUGUCAAUGGGACCUCUGAGGUGUCCAUUCCCAGGAAUGCAGGUGUGGGUUACCUAGUGACUAUGGUGAAAGCUGAUGAUUAUGAUGAGGGAGAGAAUGGAAGGCUUUCCUAUGAGAUUUCCGAAGGGGACAGAGGCUUUUUUGAGAUUGAUCAAAUGAAUGGGGAGAUUAGGACCACCAGAACUUUUGGGGAAAACUCAAAGACCACUUAUGAAUUGAUUGUGGUGGGACACGAUCAUGGAAAACCAUCCCUUUCAGCAUCUGCCUUGAUUCUUAUCUAUCUGUCCCCGACCAUGGAUGCUCAGGAGUCCGUAGGAUCUGUUAAUUUAUCUUUGAUUUUUAUCAUUGCUUUGGGAUCCAUUGCUGCAAUUCUCUUUGUCACCAUGAUUUUUGUGGCAGUGAAAUGUAAGAGAGACAACAAGGAAAUAAGGACAUACAACUGCAGAAUAGCAGAAUAUUCCUAUGGCCACCAAAAGAAGUCCAACAAAAAGAAAAAAAUCAGCAAGAACGAUAUCCGCCUGGUGCCUCGAGAUGUAGAGGAGACCGAUAAAAUGAACGUGGUGAGCUGUUCCUCCCUUACUUCAUCCCUAAACUACUUUGACUACCACCAGCAGACCCUCCCGCUUGGGUGUAGGCGUUCAGACAGCACCUUUCUUAAUGUGGAAAAUCAAAACACAAGGAAUGCAGGGUCCAACCACGUUUACCACCACACCUUCACCAACCAGAGCCCUCCACAGCCUGACCUCAUCAUCAAUGGAAUGCCCCUUCCAGAGAACGAAAACUACACAUUCGAUACAAACUACGUGAACAGCAGAGCACAUUUGAUUAAAAGCAGUUCAACCUUCAAGGACUUGGAGGGGAAUAGUCUCAAGGACAGCGGGCAUGAAGAAAGUGACCAGACUGACAGUGAACAUGAUGUCCAACGGGGCUUGUACUGUGACACGGCUGUCAAUGAUGUGCUGAAUACCAGUGCCAAUUCAAUGGGGAAUCAGCUGCCAGAGCAAGAUCAGAAUGAAGGCUUCCAUUGCAGAGAAGAAUGUCGGAUUCUUGGACACUCCGAUAGAUGUUGGAUGCCAAGAGUCCCCAUCCCAAGUCGCGCCAAGUCUCCGGAGCAUGGAAGAAAUAUCAUUGCACUAUCAAUAGAAGCAUCCACUGUGAACACAGAGCCUUUUGAAGAAUGUAAAACCAAAAGAACUUUUGCAACUUUUGGCAAAGAUGGCAGUGAGAAUUCUACUGAUGACAGGGCUACUUUAAAGGGGAAAAGGACAGUUGACCUGCCAAUCAGCAGCCCUAAAGUGAAUGGUGCUGUCCGUGAAGCAGGGAAUGGCUGUGAAGCUGUCAGCCCAAUCACCUCUCCCUUGCAUCUAAAAAGUCCAUUGCCAGCGAAAUCUGCAGCACCGUACAACAUGCACUGCCCUGGGAACCGUGACGUGGAGCAGUUUGUAAGCAACGGUCCAUCUCGGCCUACAGAGGCAGAGCCUAGAGGGGCGGACAGUGAAAAUGUAAUGCAUGAAAUCAACCCUUUACUGCAAGAAUGUCGAGAAAAAGACUCUCUGGGAGUUAAGAGACUUAAAGAUAUCGUCCUCUAAGCACCAAGCAGAGUGCAAUGAGGAAGAAUGACUUAACAAAAGUACCGCUUGUUUUUAAUUGCUUACCAAUGGUUCACAGGUUGCUGUAUUUAAAGCUUUUCCCUAAAUGUAUUGUUUAUAAAUCAAGCUAUUGUUAUGUGACAAUCCCAAACUUUUUUGGCAGGGGUGUUCAAUCCGAGCAAGCAGCUGGACUCCACACCAUUCUUCAUAUUUUCUUGCGCUGAACAUGAAAACUGUUAUUACCAUCAAUGUACAAAGUAUUAUGUAUGUAUUAAGUAUUUUGAAUUUAUAUAUUUUUAUAAACAUAUAUAUCAAAAUUAUAAUAUAAAUUAGCAUUAUUUGUACAGAACUGAAAAGGAAAAAAAAAAAAACAAAAACAACAACUACAUUCAAAUUUCUUGGCUUAAGGUUUUGUAGCAUAGUUGAGAACUUGCCCAUUUCUUGUGUGACGUUCUAAUUUUGAUGAGGUGAGCUAUAGACAGAGAAAUGCUAAUCCUAAUGAUUUCCUUCAUUCUAGGUUGCUGUUUUUGCUAUGGACACCCCUGCAUCCAAAGUCCUUUUGCUGUUACAUCUUGCUAUCUGUACUAUUACUGUAUUUGAUAUUUAAAAUUUUGUUCAGUAAUGGCAAAAGGCAUUCAAGUAAAAAUGAAAGAAAAUUCAAUAAAAAAAAUUGUAAUCUUU